UUAUACGAGAAGUCUAAAUUGUCUCCAGCUUGGUCAUGCGCUGUGAAUCCGCGUGCUCAUCUCUCUGUCUCUCUCGAUGUAAAUAGCAGACCCCGCAUCUCAUUCCAUGCUUCUUCGCACAUUUUUCAGUUUUUCUUCCACAUUGUUCGUUCAUGUCCACCUUCCUGAACCAAUAUUUCAGAGCAAAUGCUCUGGGGAUGCUGCAGCUGCGGUGGCAUUGAUACACAAACACACACACCCAUCUGUGUGUGAUCCACCAACCCUCGCUGCUACCACAACACGCAGUGUUAGAUCACAGACCACGUGCCCCCCCCUCCCACCCCCUAGGGGUUUGCUCCUCAGGGGGUCUCGUCGGGAGCUCUGGCGCGCCCCCCGCGUGCUGCGCUCUCAUGCGUCGCGCGCGCCACGUGAGCGCCGAGCUCGCGCGCCUCUUCCGCCGGCUCGAGGGGGCGCGCUCGCACAGGGCGGGGGGGGGUCACCACCCCCCCGCCGUGGAGGCCGUGGUGGUGGGGGGGGCCGUGGUGGUGGGGGGGGCCGUGGUGGUGGGGGGGGGCGUGGUGGCGAGCAGGGGAGGGGCCCCGUGGAGGCGCGUGCACGCGGGCGCGCUCCGCCUCGCGUGUCACGCGCGCGCCGCCGUGACGCAGAUGCGCGCGACCUCCCCAGCCGCGUCGAGUGAAUGCGCCCAGGAUGAAAUUCGCCUCCUGGACUCGUGUCGGAAGCUGGAGAGCCUGGGGCUGAGGUGUGCCAGAGAAGGAGGUGCGGAUCCCCUCGGGCCCGAGUUGGGUCGCGUCGCCACGCAGGUGGGGAGAGACUUCAGUGGGAUGCUCGCCUCGGCACUCACGCACCUGGCGCAGCACCCGAAGCAACAGGUCUCAUUCAUACAGGAGCUGGUGAGGAAGGUUGGGGACGUCUCUCGGCCACGCUCGCUCAUCGCCUCCCUGGGAGAUCUCCUUGCUCUGGCCAGAGGAGGCGACCACAUGUGUCACAUCGUGGCUCGGGAGGGAGGGGUGCGCGCGCUCGUCCGCCUCGUGCGCGCGCGCCACUGCCCCCCACACGCGCUCGCCGCGUCGCUCCGCACACUCGCGUCACUCGCUUCCGUCUCCCUGGGCCGGGACGAACUCAUCAAGGAGGACGGAGUGGGCUCUCUCGCCCACGUCCUGGAGGGCCGCGGGCAGCACUCGGAGGCGGUGCGCGCCGAGGCGGCCGCGGUGCUGGCCCAGGUGCUGGCCCCGCACGCGGCAUCGGGCCCCUCGGCCAAGGGCCCCGGUCUGGACGGGGCCCAGGCGCUACGGGUGGUCCGGGCGCUCACAGAGCUGUGCGGGGAGUCCUCCUGCGGGGAGGUGUUCCUGCUGGGCGCCGCAGCCCUGGCGAGCAUCUCGUUCCUGGGCCCUGCCGCCCGCGACGCAAUUCUCGAAGCCGGCACGGCCCGCGUGCUGCUCCGACGCACGAUGCGCUGUGACCCACUCGUGCCCGCGUCGGCGAGGGGGCCCGGCGGAACGAGGGGGCCGCCUACGGGAUCCGCGGGAUCAGGCGGAGAGACCAACCUCGAUCCGGGGUUCAACUCCUCGCGCGAAGCCAAGGGGGCCGGUCCCGUCGUCGGCUCCUCGUGUUCCCCUUAUGCCAAGGACCAGGUAGUGACGGUUCUGGCGAACUUGGCCGUGACCGAGCGGGGUCGUGCGGAGGUCAUGAGCUGCCAAGGCUUGGUGCUGCUGAUGAGCUGCCUGGAGGCGAAGCCGGCUGCGAGUGCGAGCCCGGGCGAGGCGGCGGCGUGCGAGCGGGGGCAGCAGAGGGCAGCCGUGGCACUGGCGCGCCUCGCUCGCAGCCCCAGCGCCUGCCGCACCGCCGUUCAUCUCGGAUGUGUGUCGCGACUCGCCGUCAUGUGCCGGGUGCCAGAAGAAAGGAGCCACAGCGACGGGGUCCUCUUAGCCUGCCUGGCAGCUGUCCGUCGGCUGGGCGUCGCGUGCCCUGGGUCGCUGGGCCCUCUCGACUCCCUGCAGCUCGUGACCCCGCGCCUGAGGGACGCGUUCCUGCUAUGCAGCGAGACCAGAGAAAGCUUCGUGUGAUGCCCAGAACUCGAGAUCCCUCCUUGACGCUUCAGUGGUUCCAUCUCCGCGCGAACACGUUGCUUGUAUCGCUUUAAGGGAUACUCAUCAUGUGUUGAAGAGAAGUCCAAACUCAUGGAAUGUAUCAUCAUCAGUGGCAUUAGCAGCAUCACCUAUGAUGAUCAUCUGCAUUAUUGUAACUCUUAUACAAUUAACUGUGUAUUGAUGAAAUCGAUUAGAAUGUUCGUUUUGCAAUAUUUACGAUGACUAUGAGAUUACGAUUUGUAUCACGAUGAUGGUGAUGAUGAUCACAACGAUGUUGAUUAUGAUCAUUUUAAUGACCACCACUCUGAUUAUGCUGUCUAAAGUGAUGACCACAACGAUUAUCACAACAUUAAUUUGGAAUACAUCUUCGGUUGUGCUGCUAUGACGUUCCUCCCACGUGUUUUGGAAGUUGUACCACGUGUUUUGUUGUUCGUCACGAUGUCCGACGUUUCACCCCACGUGCUGGGAGCUUCUUCAAGAACCGAACUACAUUCAGAUGGCACUCAAGGGAUGAACUGCAUUCGGAUCCUGAAGAAGCUCCCCAGCACGCGGAGUGAAACGUCGGUCAUCAUGCCGAACAGCACGCGGUAUAACCCAAAAGCACGUGUCAGAGCCAAUCACUCGGCAGAGCAGUAUUACAUGUUAUUGAUGCUGCGCUGACAGUGGAACACAAGCACAAAUAACCAAAACAAAAUCAACACAUUCGGCACGUGCUGUGAAGGAGCGCAAUUGCCCGAAACGUCGUCUAUCAUAUUGUUAUUCCUUUAAAUCCGUGGUUAUUCUUAACCUGAAGGGUGCACGCACCCGUGGGGUUGCGAGAUGCCAUUUUUAGGGGCGUUGAGACAUGGCCAGAUUUGUUUUAGAAGGUAAAUCAUCGAAACACAAAUUCAGCACGGGCACGUAAGUUAACUUACUUUGUUUCUUCAAACCCUCUACGUGUUUUCAUAAUCCAUCAGCCGAUUUGGCAGUUCCCAGAGCUCCCACUGACCGCGAACCCAGGCCGACAGCGCCGUCUCGUGGCUCCUCGUAACGACGACACCCGCCACCGGGCACAGUUCACCCCGACAGCCCACAGCACAACAGCAUCGUGGAAGAGCCAACGAAGAGGAAAAUCCCCGGUGGUUCACCGUAAAUCGCACCCACUGCACAGACCGUGGCAGAUGCGGAUGCCCUGACGAUGCACAAAUGGAAACAUUAAAAACUCUCCAGUAGUGGUGCGACUGUGGUCAUCCAGAACAGACGGUACAACGUAUAACCAUGGCAAUGCCCCAUCCACAAAUACGAAGGAGACAUAACGGCGACUCACUCCUCUGCUCCUGACGCGGUUGUCUUCUUGCUCGACCCACCUGAAUGUGAGAGUCUCGUUGCUGCUCUGCGUCUACAGCCCAGACGAGACGUGAAGUCUCCAAUGGUUCCGCUCACAGCGCCGCCCGCUACUCUUCUCGAUGGUCGUGUGCCAUAUAUGUACGCAGUGAUUAUCUAUGGCAAUUUAAGAGGCGACGUUUUGAGCAAGCGACCUUCAUAGCGCAUACAAAAUAUAUUGUUUGUGCACUACUGCAUCGCCAAAACACAUUCCUGCGGAGGGAGCUGGUAGGAACGUUGGGUUGCUCGGUCAAUGGCCAGGGUCAACGGCGGCGUGGUGUAUUCCGCAAAUAUGCCCGACUGUGAGGGCGGGCAAAGGCCGGCGUGAGUAGGUUAAACGUUGAGUUUUUUAUAAAGGCACCACGGGGUGACCAGCCCCUCUCCACCCAGCCCCACUCCUCCCACCUCCCACCCAGCCCCACCCUCCCCACCCAGCCCCUCCCCACCCUCCCCUCCCCACCCAGCCCCUCCCUUUCCACUCAGCCCCUCCCUGCACGACGGACGGACACAAUAAUCCCCUGUGGGCUGGUGUAACCAGGAGGUUCCUUCCAGUAUCAUGUACUGCAGUCGCUGUGUCUGUGAAGUGGUGCGGAAGGUGGCACUACUCACGCACUGGAUGUAGGACACGUUCAUUAUGAUCAGGGUGAACUGAGUUAAUUUAGUGGACAGUAUUAUGAAAGUUAACUCAAAUAAGAACAGUUACAAUUCUUUUUUGAUGACUCUACAUCAUCGUCAUCCGUCAGCAUCGUCGUUUGCAGCCAUGGUUAAUCCACUGCUGGAUGAAUACCUCGCCCAGCCACGACCACCACCACCACUCUCAAGAUCCUGCAGACAUACUAACCCACCGAGCACCUGCACACGGAUAUAUUUCAUCGCUCCGUCUCCCCGGGGGAUGUGCCUUCCUAUCCGGACACGCUCCAUCCCUUGUCUGCCACUCAGUAGUUAUUUUCAACCAGCGGGCACCGUUCCUGUUGGCCGCGCCGCUUGCUGCUGUCCAAGCCCGCUCGCCUUUCUGAACAAUUUGAAUGAUGUGACGAGCGUGCGUAUGUUCCUUAUGAUAUUAAUAAUAAUAAUCAGUGUUAUCACCGUCAGUGUUUCCAGAUGAGGUUUAGUGAGCCGUCAACCCGUGUUAUCUGGUGUCUGUGGUAGAUAUUGUGUUUACUUCUAGAUUAAGAUGUUUUUACUCCUGGUUCCUCCUCUGCCCGUUUGGAAAUAAAUGUUGAAACUGUG